AUGAUCGGAGAAAGAACGAUGAUCGGAGAAAGAAUGAUGAUCGAGAGGAAUGGUGACGGAAAAGAGAAGGAACCGGAAAGUUUAGAUAGGAAAUUUGAAAAGAGUCGAUGUGAUAACUCUCUCUUCACAUAUCAUCACGGGGGUGACAUUGCUUAUUUAUUAAUUUAUGUGGAUGAUAUUAUUCUCACUACUUCAACUGACUCGCUUCGCGUCAAGCUCAUGGGCAGCCUCACGGCUGAGUUUGCAAUGAAAGAUCUUGGACCUCUCAGCUAUUUCUUGGGUAUUACGGUUUCUCUCACAGGUCACAACAUGUUUCUAUCACAACAAUCUUAUGCCUUGGAUAUUGUCAACCGUGCGGGUAUGUCUACUUGUAACCCGGUCGCCACCCCUGUUGAUACAAAACCAAAGCUUAGUGCUCAAUCUAGCAUCCCGUUUGAUGACCCCACUUUCUAUCGCAGUCUUGCGGGCGCACUCCAGUAUCUCACUUUCACUAGGCCCGAUAUCAGUUAUGCCGUUCAGCAAAUAUGCAUUCACAUGCAUAAUCCUAGCAUCGAACACUGGAAAGCAUUGAAGCGUAUUAUCCGUUACAUCCGCGGCACAGCAGAAUAUGGUCUCACUCUAUCUCCGUGUACUGCUAUAUCUCUACGGGCUUAUACAGAUGCUGAUUGGGCGAGGUGUCCGGAUACCCGCCGCUCUACCUCCGGUUAUUGUGUCUACAUGGGACAAAAUCUAUUGUCUUGGUCAUCAAAACGACAGUCAACCAUUUCUCGCUCCAGCGCCGAAGCAGAAUACCGCACGGUUGCCAAUGUAGUUGCUGAGGUUUGUUGGCUUCGUAACCUCCUUCUCGAGUUACGUCGACCCCUCUCCACAACCACUUUAGUGUAUUGUGACAAUAUCAGUGCAAUCUACCUAUCUAGUAAUCCGGUUCAGCAUCAACGCACCAAGCACAUAGAACUGGACAUUCAUUUUGUGCGUGAACAUGUUCAAUGUAGUACCAUACGGAUACUUCACACUCCUACUCGUUUACAGAUUGCUGACAUCUUCACCAAAGGCUUACCUCGGGUACUAUUCGAUGAUUUCCGCUCCAGUCUCAACAUUCGCCCACCUCUUGCUUCGACUGCGGGGGUGUAA